UGAGCUAUGAGGGCAAUUGAGGAAGGCUGUGAAAUGAUUAUUCCAGGGAUCUACAGUGUUGGUCUUCAUGUAACAAGCCUUUAUUGAGUGUCGGGUCAGGUCCUAGGGAAGCACUGGAUCCCGUCCUUGGCUGGGGUCCUGUGGAGAUGUCAGUCAUGUGAACAGAAAAGGGUCCUCAGUGCGUGAGUGCCCUGAUAGUUACCUCUACUCAAUGAAUAAAUACCCAAGGAGGAGGUCGGUUCCUCCUGGGGGAGGCGGGACUAAAGAUCAGAUUUAAAUAGGGUCUGUAGGUGGAAGGGGGCAAGAGGGUCUUCCAAGAGGAGGGGACUGCAUAUGCGAAGGUAAGAGGCUUAAACCGAGUGGGUACUGCUAGAUUUCGGCGCUGUGGAGGAGCCUCGGGGUGGUGAGGCUGGAAAUGGUUCAGGGGGCAGACAGAUCAGGCUAGGUUAGGGGGUGUGGACUGGGUCCCAUUGAUGCCUGAAGAGUCUUAAGGCAGUGGCGCGAUUAUAUUUGUUUUUUCGGUCGGCCUAUAGCAGCAAUAAUUAGAGUUGAUGGCGGUUGAAUAAGGUAGUGAGAAAAGUGAGUAGGGGGCUUGUAUCUCGGAUUUAUGAAGUCAAAGCUGCGCCUGGCCUGGGGGAGUGAAGGUGGGACAGUGUGAACGCAUCUGCAGACUGAGAAAGUUUAGUUGAAGACUGUUCUUUUAAGGCAGUUGGUGAAGAGAGAAGGCAAGGGAGGGUGGGAUGUGAUGUAGAAAUGAUGGGGGAUUUGUCUUUCUCUGAUGCCUUUUUUGUUCAAAAUGGGACAGAUUUGAGCUGGGGGGGAAGAUAAAACUGGUAUUAUAAUUUUACGUCUUGAUAAGGUCAAAUGUAUCAGUUUUUUUUUCAUUAUGCCAUGAACUUGGAUCUUAUUGAAGGAGAUUUAUUUUUACUCCUGCAAUCUAAUUUUUUUUACUACUUCUAAUUAGUAACAGAAAAUAUCUCAAAUGCAUCAAGCAAAGUAGAAAAAGAAAAAAAAACUUUGUGCUCAUCAUCUAGAUUGAGCAAAUGUUAAAGUUCAUUUGCUUCAGAUUUUCUGAACAACUAAAACCUCAUAAAUACUUCAAACCUUUUUGCACCCUCCCUGUUACUUUUUCCUUCCUCUCACACAGAGGUAACUUCUGAAAUUGCCAUGUAUCCUUUCAUGUUUUUAUUUACUUACUAGAUAUGAAUGUAGCCAUAAAUGAUACAUAAGAUUGUGUUGUGUGUUCAUUACCUUUGCCUCUAUUUCUUUUAGAUUGUUUGUUUUCGUAUUUAUUUUUAGUAUAUAGUCUAGAUACAAAUCCAUUUUGGCUUGUUCAAAAAUCUUGAAUCGAAUUUGAUUGGACCUAGUGUUUCUUUGAUGGGUAUAUUUUUGAGUGUGGAUCCAGUUCACUUAAUGUUUAGUGGUUUGGUAUAUUUGGUUUUCUGUUGUUUUGUCAAUUUUAGUAAUUUGUAUUUUUCUGAAAAGUUUUCCAAUUUAAUUUCAACUUUAUGGAAUUAAAUUAUUUAUAAUAGUCUCAUAAUUAAGGAAAAGAACUCCAGUAUAUCUGUAAUUGUCUCCUUUUUCAUGUCCAAAAAUUCGUUUUGUUUUCUCUUGUUUUCUUGAUCAGUCCUGCCUGGUUAGUCUAUUUUAUUAGUUUAAAAUACAAAACAAUUAUUAGUUGUAACAAAUCCUUUCCAAUAAUUGAAUUUAGUUUUUUCUUUUUCAUUUUUUUAUUUGGCCACAUUUUCAGAAUUAAAGAGAAGUCAUAAUAGUACAAAGAAUUCCUAAAUACCUUUCAUCUAAAUUCCCCUCGAUAUUACCACAUUUGUAUAGGGGAUUCCAGGAAUUGGAGGGAUUUCAGGGCGAAAAAGAUGUAACCAUGAGGUGGCAGGGGCACAUGCAAACAUUAUUUACACAUGCAUACUGGGGAGGGGGGCCCUUGCAGCAUGAGACCACCCGGAGGCUGGGGCCAGGGGCCACUUCCUAGAAAGAAGGAGCACAAGGCAACCUGGAGGUAUCUUUGGGUCAGAGCAGCGUGGGGCCUUUGUAGCCUCAUGGUUUACUUUAUCUUUAGCUACCAGAACCUGGGUGCAGUUUCACAGGGUAGGUAAAGCAGGCAGCUUCUAAAUGACUAAAGAUUUGCUCCUGUUUGGACUCUGUUUAAAACAUUUACAUGUGUUGACAUUUGAGUUUGGGGCUGCUGGUCUUUUGAGCUAGUGGUCUCAGCCGGCUGUGAAGAAAGAAACAACCCAGGGGCCACUCUACAGAGGCCGUCUUUGGCUUAUUUAUGUAACAAUUUGCUUUUAUUCUGCUUUUCCUCCCUGUCCUAUACAUAUGUGUAUGUGUGUGUGUGUAAGUACUUCAGUGUGCAUUUCCCAAAACCAAGGGCAUUCCCUCACACAACCACAGAAUAAUGAUCAAAAUCAGGAAAUUAACUGAUGAAAUAACCAUUGUCUAAGCCAUGGAUCUUACUCAGAUUUUACUAGCUGUCUCAAAAAUACCUUUUCUUUCUAGCUAAAGGAAUCUCAGAUCACAGAUUGCAUCCCCCCUCCACGUCUUUUUAAUCUUCUUUACUCUGGAACAGUGUCCUAAUCUUUCAUUGGUUUUAAUAACAUUAACAUUUUUGAAGAAUACAAGCCAGUUAUAGAAUGUUCCUCAGUUUAGAUUUGUCUGAUGUUUCAUCAUGAUUAGAUGAUUAGAUUCAGGUAAUAAUUUGUGGCAGGAUUUUUUUUUAACCUGCUCAAUUACUUCUUUUAUUUCUUUUAAAAUUUCUGCUCAUAUUUCUUUCUUUUACAUCUUUUGAGUUUAUUUUUUUUUCUGUGCUAGACUCUUGCACUGAAUGUCAUUAAUUUCCACUUUUAAUGUAAUGCUGAUGUUAGGGCUGUAAAUAUUCCUUUCAGUAUGUGUGUGUAAAUAUCCACCAAUUUUGAUAUGUUGUAUUUUUGCAGCUCUUACAAAUUUUUUCAUUCUUUUUAUUUUCUAAUUUUAUUACUUUUGGGUUUAGAGAGUGGCCAUCUAUGUAAUAGUAAUUUUUAAAAGAUUUGUUGAGGUUUAUUUCUCAGCUUAUUUGUCAAUUUUUAUAACUAUUUCAAAUACACUUAAAAAUGUAUUUUCUUUUAACUAUUGCGUUCAUUCUGUGUGAUCCAACAGUCAGGCUUUUAAAUUGAUAUUCACAUCAUCUAUUCUUACUAUUUUUUGUCUCGUAGAUCUUCGUUUCAAAAAAUGUAUACUAAAACCUCUUUACUGUGAUUGAAGAUUGUCAGUUUCUCCUCGUUGCGUUGCGUCAGUGUUGAUGUGCAUUCGAGCUGCAUAUGCAUCAUGUACAUCUGCUGGAGCACAGGGACCUAAGAUCGAGGCGGCUUCUGGUCGUAGCUUUGACUCUGUCCAGCGAGUUGUUCUUUCUUGCUUUUUGUAUGUCUCCUAAUUUUUUAAAUGAAUACCGGACAUCGUGUGUGGGAGACUUCGGUUGGGCUGUUACUGUGUGUGGGGCUAGGAGCGCAGGAGGCUGGUUGCCACGAGACUGGUCAGGAGGGGCGCAGGGCUGGCAUUUGUUGUUGCUAUGGUUACCGUGGGCCUCCGCCGGCUUCGCGUUUCCGUGGCGUUGCUCUGCGCUGAGAGCGGGCUGAUUGCUGCUCCCCGCUCCGAGCCCCCACCCCACCCUCUCCUCCUGCUGGGGCUCUCCUGCUGGCUCCUCGGUGCGGACUGGCCUGGUGGAGGAGGGGCAGGGUCCUCUUUCUGUCUCAGUCUUAAGGGCGCUGGGGCCUUGUCGGGGAUGCUGUCCGUCCCCCGGAGGUGGCAGGCUCUAAAAGUCCGAGCCCGGGACCUGUGUCUGCCCCUCUGACACGGAGAAAGGACUUUUUCACUUUUUCCUGCCCUAUGCAGGUCUUAACCUGUGCUCUGGGAGCAGCAAGGUUCUGCUGCCCUUCCUCCAGCAACCUAGAGCUUUGGUUGCUCAGGAGAGAAAUUUCUGGAAGGAUGGGGUAGCCCCUCCCCUCCUCUAGACUUUCACUGCGCAGGGAGUGUCUUUUUGUGUGGUCUCCCCGCCCGCCCCGUCUGUGUUAGUGCUCUAUAUUUGUGUAACAAAUCACUACAAAUUGGGGGAUUUAAAGCAGCUCACAGUUAGGGGGCCAGACGUCCCGGUAGGCAUGGCUCUCUGUUUGGGUCUCCAAGUCCAAAAUCAAGGCGCUGGACAGUUGGGCCUCUUCUCCGGGGCGCUGGGAGAGAGAAUGCUCCAGGCGCGGUGAGGGUCAGGGGAAGCCGGUUUCUGGCCAUUUUAGGGCAGCAAAUGCCCUCCCGCAGCAUCUCCUCUUCCCCACGUCGGUUUCCAGAGACGCGGGCUCCUUCUCGUGUUCCUGCCCUUCCUGGCUCCCCCGCUGCCCCCAGUCGAUUCCGGCUCAGAGGGAAACCGUCCUGCCAAUGUUCUCAUGUGAGUCUCACCAUGUCGUCUAUUUAUUUUCAGGUUUUCUUAGUGUCUUUGCAAAGGCUUAGCAUCGGACUGUCGCUCAGGCGGCUCGGUCCUGUCUGCAUAUUCAAGCUUGUUUCUGCCCCCAGAGAGUCUCGGAGGCCGGAGCUCAGCCUCCAGCUGACGGUGUCUGCUUUUCCCAGAACAGCAGGGAAGGACCAUGUGCCAGGGGUCAUUUUCAUUCAAAGACGUGGCUGUGGGCUUCACCCGUAAGGAAUGGCAGCAGCUGAAUGACUCACAGAAGACCCUGUACCGGGAAGUGAUGCUGGAGAACUACAGCCACCUGGUGUCCGUGGGGUGUCAAGUAACCAAACCAGCUGUGAUCUCCAGGCUGGAGCGGGGGCAGGAACCAUGGAUGAAGGAGGAAGAGAUGCUCCGAUGGAGCUCUCCAGAAGUUCUGCAAGUUGAUGCCCAACGUGACAGACAGCAGGAACACCAAGGCAAACUCUUGAAGCAAGCUGCACUCCCAGACAAGAAAAAACUGACCCCCAGAGAGCACAGUGAAGGCAAUACGGUUGAGGAAAACACCUGUCCAGACACAAAUGUCCUUCCUUCAAAUCAGCGGGUCCCUAAGUGUGAGUCGUGUGGCUCGACCUUACCGCGAAACGUGGACAUUACUCCUAACGCGUACCUUGCAAGAAGGAGAUUUGAGUAUGAUGGCCAGGGGAACUUAUUUCUCUAUUCUAAGCUGGAAACCCCACAUUCUGAAGGGCAGCCCCGUGAAUGUAACCAGUGCAGAAAAGCUUUAAGCAGGGACCAAGCCCUUGAUGCCAAUCAGGGAACCAACAGCAAACCCCACAAAUGUACCAAAUGUGGGAGAGGCUUUUCCCACAAAUCAGAACUCAUCGCCCAUCAGAGAGUCCACAGAGAUGAGAAACCCGAUGGAUGCAACGAACAAGGGAACAGCCUCAGGGAGGGGAGGGUCUCCCUCAACAGAGGGCGGGGAGGCCACACAGAAGAGAAACCCGGGGGCGCCAGCAAAGGCGGUAAGAAGCUCCCCCAGAGGACAAGCCUCUCCCUACCCGAGGCAGUUCUGGCUGGAGAGAAGCCCUACAAGUGCUCAGAAUGUGAGAAAAUCUUCUCCCACAAGUCGCGGCUCAUCGAACAUCACCGAUCUCACACGGGAGAGAAGCCUUACGGCUGCAAGGAGUGCGGGAAGGCCUUCUCGCGGAAGUCCUGCCUCAUCAUCCACCACAGGAUCCACACGGGAGAGAAGCCCUACGGCUGCAGCGAGUGCGGGAAGGCCUUCUUCCAGAAGUCCCACCUCAUCCUGCAUCGGAGGACGCACACCGGAGAGAAGCCCUACGCGUGCAGCGAGUGCGGGAAGGCCUUCUCGCAGAACUCCUGCCUCAUCAUCCACCGGCGGACCCACCUGGGCAAGAAGCCCUACGAGUGCUCCGACUGCGGCAAAACCUUCUCGCAGAAGGCCAACCUCAUCCGACACCACAGGAUCCACAGCAGGGAGAAACUGUACGGAUAAAGUGCGGGAGGGAGGAGGUUUUCACCGGCAAGUCCCAGCCCCUCUCGGGAUGAAAACCUGUGGAUUCUGUGGACACGGAAAAAUCCUUCAGCAGGAAGUCCAACGCCCCUGCCAUACCAAGGCGAAAUCCAGCCCAUCUGGAGAAUUAGGAAAAGCCUGUUCUCUUAAAACUAAGGGCAGAAGGGUACUGAUGCCCUGGGGUGAUCUAUUUUUAUAGGAGAGACUUAUUUAUGAAGAGUAUCUGUGUCUGUAUUACCUGUGGAUUUGGAACGCAGGAGUAAGUGAGUAAUUUAAACCAUUAAGACAACAGAUCUAAUAAGCAACAGAACAAUCCCACAGGCCUGUAGGGGUUACGUUCCUAAGGAUGCUACAGAAGAAUAAUUUUAUCUUGCUUAUUUUUGAGCUGCAUUUGCAGUUGAACAUAAUUGGGACCUUGUAGACACAGACACCCAAAUAUACAGAGUGAACACUAUCAAGAGUUUCCACACUAAAUGACACCCUUUUGUCUUUGUAAGAUGUAUUAUAACUGGAACAAUAUGAGUUUACUGCCCAACCAGAGGUCCAUACCCCAAACCACAGACGUUUCGGUUUUUUGUUUGCUGGCGAGUAUUACAGAGCCGCCCUUCCCCCCACCCCCGAUCUGGAAACCAGCAGUUUCAUGACAUAAUUCUGAUAUCUCUCAAUCAACUAGUUUAUAAGUUAUAUUUUAUGUUAAAUGCGUAAGGUUGGGACUCCUUUCCCUGGCAAUAGGGUGGACCAUCUAAAGUGAAAAAUGAGAGGAGGGUAUAGGUCAGUGGUAGAGCAUGUGCUUAGCAUGCCUGAGGUCCUGGGUUCAAUCCCCAGUACCUCCAUUAAAAAAUAAUAAUGAAGUUCAAAAUGUUCCACUGUAAACAACAAGUAAUGAUGGACAGUAACAGAUCACAUUCUUUUACAUGCAUAAUUCAGCCUGCAAGAACAUAAGUGAGGUUUCCAGGUACCAGCUGGACAGAGAGGACUGAGAAAUUUGUGAGCUGAUGCUGGACUGCCCUGUGGGUUUAAUUUUGUUUACCCAGAAGCUUGGGUGUUCAAGACCACAGGCAGAAGGUUGGCACUGAUAUAACUCACGCUUUCAGAAGUUUCAAAAGCCCGUACCUAUAGGGAAAGGGUGGACCAGAGAACACUCUAAUCAUUUGCACAGGAAGCUUGUCUGUCUCUCCCGGGCUCUGGUAGGGAGUUUACCCUCAUGAUUCAUAAGCCGUGACCUGCACCUCGUAUGAGUUAGAAUUUUGAAUUUGCCCUGUUCAUGUCCUGGUGGGAAAACUGCACAAUUAACAUAGAAAUUUAUCCUGGUCUUUGAAACAACUUCCAGAACCAAACAAAAUAUUCUUGAAGGAAGAUACCCUCAACCCAUGUUUCUCAAGAUUCUGAUGUGCACAAACCCAAGAUGAGCUCAUAAUUCAGAGUUACAAACUGCAAGGGAAGUCGACAGACAUUUCCAUAACAUAAGAAUCUCAAGUAUUUUCGGUAAGAGAAAAAUCUGAAAUUCUAUAAAAAUGACUGUCUUUAAAAAGUGAUUAAAAGCAAAAACUUGAAACCACAUGAAAGCAAAGACACCAAGAAGGAGAACUGAACUGGUUUAUCUGGAAAAAGAACUACAUAGGGUGUCUGGGGGUGAAAGGUACAGUCACUGAAACUACAAACUCAACAUUAUUCAACAUGUCAAAUAGCAGGUCCUACUCAGCUGAAGAAAAUGUGAACAGGAAGGCAGAGCUCAGCAAAUUCACAGAAUUCGGUGUAUAGAGAGAUGGAAAAUGUGAAAGAACCGGUGAGAGACGUGAAAAAGGGGGGAGCAAAACAGGAGCUCCUGAAAGACAAGAGGGAAAAACAUGGAAGAAAAGUAAACGCUCAGAGACGUCCUGGCCCAGACGCGGCAAAGCCGUGCAUUAGCAGAUGGAGGCAGUGCGACAGCGUCUGCCUGAAGAACCAGACACCAACCCACCUCCAGGUGGGCCGGAUGUCUCUCUGUCGAGAGUUCAGCUAAGCCGUUAGUGGUAUUACUGCCUUGUCAUCAGUCGUGUUUGGUCAGGCGGCUGCAGGGGCCUUAACUGACAUGAGCCCCGCAGCCGCUCAGCCACCAGCAGAUGUAAGUCCCCAGUGUGACUUCCCCGCAGCCCUUGUGGCCAGCAGCCUCCUGCCUCCCAGUGCCUGCAAUGCCUUAUGUGCCCCUUAGCCAGGACCCCCGUGAGCUUACCCAAACCCCGCUCUUUGGGUCUGAAUCGACCGAUCUGGUCCUAACCUAGGAACCCCAAAGCACCCCCAACGUGGACUCUAGUAAAGGCACGUGUGCCAAGUCCAGUCUCUGCACUCUGCCUCGACCUCCCCUGUGGCCCCCCCCAGGGUGCUGUGUACUUGGUCCAGGCCCCGUGAGUCAGAAACUCAUCUAUUUCUCUGUGGUCUCUCGUGGAACCCACUCACUGUUCUGCACCCUGUGUUCCGUUUAACAAGUGUUCAUUUAAUAAAGUCAUGGCAGUUGGGAA